GUAAAUAAAUCUCAGCUUCAAUAAAUGUUGGGUAUUUUUCGUUGCAUUUAAGACACCUUGCCACCUCGAGGUGUGGCAUUUGUGGGCCAUUUUGUGGGCCGUUUAAUUCAAUCUCAAAAAUAUGCAAAUUGUCCUUCGCCCAGGACAGGAUCUUGUUGCAACAUAUGCGCCUGUGUUUCCAGGUACUGAGUGCACACAUCGGAGCAUCCUUGGGAGAGCUUAAAGAGCCUUAAAGUCGGGAGAGCAGGGAACAAUGCGAGGCUCCGGCUCGGGGGAGGGCCUGCCUGCCUGCCCCCAGAGGGAGGACCUCGUCCUCCGCUGCCACCCCUGCCACGCCCACUGCAUGUGUGCCGAGAGUGUGCAAAGAACAUUCAUAUUUAAACGCAAGCGAGAAUGAUUUGAAUGAGAUGCUUGGCAGGACCAAAGGAGGCGUUGUGUUUGCCGUGCUACACUGACAACAUUUCCCACUCGGAAGGCCCAUCUCAGUCACUCCCCAUCUCGACUACGGACUACGACGCACAAUGCCCGGAAAGCUGUCAACCUGGUACAAGGACAACGUGUCCGAGGAGCUCAACUGCCUCGCCUGCCGCCUCUACAGCGGCCUCGGAAUGAUCGGCAUCGGCGCCUACCUGCUGGUCCAGUCGAAGAGGCGCCCCAAGCCGCUCGAGACCUACACCAUGAUGAGCCUGGCCGCGGCCAUGGGAGGUCUGGGCGUGGCCCGUCUGGCGGACGGCGAGUGCCCGAAGGAUAUAGACCGCGGGAUCGUCAUGGUGCCAGUUAUGGUGCCCUCCAUGGAGUCCGCUGUGGAGCCUGGUAAGGAGCCUGCCAAGGAGCCCACUAAGGAGGACUCUAAGGACCCCUCGAAGCCCUCCAACUAA